UCUGUCGAAAAUGAGCAGCAACGUGGAACUGCAAUAUAAAUUAUUGCUAUACCUGGACAAAAGGCGUGUUUUAACUGAAAUGGCUAACAGCUGUGAGUCGUUCUUAGACCAAUGUGUUGACAAAACCACGAACAAAUUUCCUCCGCUGCGGCAUCUACUUGAAAUCGACGUCAUGGACUUGUACAACGAUUUUCCCGAGCUUGGGGACUUUUUAAUACAAAAACCUUUGCAAUUUCAACAUAUUUGCAACAAGAUAUUAUUUGCUUGCAUCAAUUCUAUUGAUAGUGAAAAUAAUAACAUUCAACUAAUGCAAGUAGCAACAAUUCUUAGACUCAAAUGUAUACCACAGGUAUUAUCUAAUGAGAAGAAACCAUAUUAUGAAGGAAUUAUGCUCCGAAAAGGUUUACUGCUUGAUAUUUCAAAACCCAAUUCUUACGUCUUCCAUACAGUUUGGUCAUGUCCUGAAGGAUGUGAGGGAAACGAAGUCAUUCUACAAUUCAUACCAAAAACACCACCAAAAUGUUACGUCUGUCGAAGCGUUCUGUUUGAAAACAGUGGCUUACGAAGAUGCGGUGAAAAAGUAAAUGCCACUUUCCUAUCGAAUGAACUUUUGCCUAGAAAAUAUAACAUUGUUGACGAUUUAAUAUCGAAAUUGAACAUAGGAAAUACGUACAAUAUUCACGUUGUGGUUUUGAAGAGCAUAAAAAUUGUCUGGUCAGUGGAAGAAAGCGUUACUUUGCCUGCACCAAUGACUUAUCCAAUUCCGGAAGAUAUUGUACAGUUGUUUGAAACGUGUGAAGGUGUCCCUUGGAAGUUUAUUUACUGCCUCGCUUGCUUGAUAGGUGUCCGUGUGUGUCCAUUACAUUGUUACAUGCACGUUAAAAUCAAUUUAUUGCUCAGUUUAGUCAGCGUUAAAGCUAAUUUAUUAAUAGGGUCUUCUAUAAUUAAUAUUUUAGUCACAGGUCACGAAACUAAAUAUGUAUCGGAGAUAAUAACUGCAGCUAUAAAGUUUGCUAAUAGGUCGGUGUAUUUAGGUACGAAUUCUGACGUCCAGUUAUCAAUGAUCGGUGGAUCCGGUGGAAUUUGCAUUCUACCUUUAUCUCUGUAUCGAUCUAAUCAGAAACAAUUAGCGUUUAUUCUUAAAACUUUAGAAACCGGUGUUAUUAGUAUGGAUAAUAGUGAAAUUAAAUCAAAAUGCGCCGUCUGGGGUUUAUCUAAUGAUUCUAAGACACCUUUUAAUAAUUUAUCGAGUGUAUUCGAUAUUGUUUGUCGAAAUUACGGUCAAGACUUCGAUGACGUAGCAGAAUUUAUGCUUAAAGGUGCUUUAGAACGAGAGAAAAUAACUGAAAACGAGGUUAAAGCUUUGAAUGAUCUUAUGGUUUAUAUUAAUUUAAUUGCUGGAAUUAAUGUAAGUUUAGACAAAUCUGCAGAAAGUCUAUUAAAGAGUUACUUUCUAUCUGCGAGAAGGGAGAGUACUAAAGUAGCAACAAUCGGGAGUAUAGGUGCUUUGGUAACAGUCUCUCUAACUUCGGCCAGACUUUGUCGUAGAUCUGUGGCGACAAUCGAUGACGCAUUAUUUGCUAUAUGGUUGCAUGUUUGUGGAAGUCCUCAUCCUAGAUUUGCACCAGAAGAAUAUCUUCAAACACCACCAAGUAUACACGAAUUAGAGGAAAAUAUGACUAAAUUUAAAGACUGGCUAGAACAAUUCACAGGAAUUAAUUUUACUUAA